AUGGUAAUGAACCAACCUGACAUCGUGGUGGUGGACAAAGGACAGAGGACAGCCGUGGUGGUGGACAAAGGGCAGAGGACAGCCGUGGUGGUGGACAAAGGGCAGAGGACAGCCGUGGUGGUGGACAAAGGGCAGAGGACAGCCGUGGUGGUGGACAAAGGGCAGAGGACAGCCGUGGUGGUGGACAAAGGGCAGAGGACAGCCGUGGUGGUGGACAAAGGGCAGAGGACAGCCGUGGUGGUGGACAAAGGGCAGAGGACAGCCGUGGUGGUGGACAAAGGGCAGAGGACAGCCGUGGUGGUGGACAAAGGGCAGAGGACAGCCGUGGUGGUGGACAAAGGGCAGAGGACAGCCGUGGUGGUGGACAAAGGGCAGAGGACAGCCGUGGUGGUGGACAGAGGGCAGAGGACAGCCGUGGUGGUGGACAAAGGGCAGAGGACAGCCGUGGUGGUGGACAAAGGGCAGAGGACAGCCGUGGUGGUGGACAAAGGGCAGAGGACAGCCGUGGUGGUAGACAAAGGGCAGAGGACAGCCGUGGUGGUGGACAAAGGACAGAGGACAGCCGUGGUGGUGGACGUGGCAAUUCCAAGCGAUGACUGUCCCAUCACAUCCGCCGUGUCAGUCGGGCCUUCAUCUAUUUUGGUCAAAUGGGUUUCCUACUCGGCCACAGCAAACUACAUCUUGGAUCUACGGAUCACAGAUGACAAAAACACUGCCCCGGUUAUAGUAGUAGCUUACGCUCCUCAAGUAGAAAAGAGGGUGCACGGGCUUCAGCCGGGGAAGAAUUACACUGUGACACUCAAAGUGCUUGAGUUUAUGACAGUGAGUUGUACCUCUAAGAUCGCCUCUUCUACAGGUGAGUGA